AUUAAUGCGGGAACCUCAGCUACGAACGGAACGGAACAGAACGAAACGGUUCGGAAAUAUCGAAACAACGACGUGUAUCAAACCACCACAAGUUUCGGCCUUCGACGGUUAGUGCAGGCUAAAAUUUACAGUCACCACCGGUUUAGUGAACGUUGAUUGCUCUAGGUUUCAUCGGUAUCCAUUUAAUGAAUGAGCUGUGGGAGAAAAAUACAAACCCUGUAAACAACUGCCAACAACUUUUUGGGGGAAUCCCUUGCGUGUGGAUCACGAUUGUUGAUCUCAUCGGUGAAGUAAAGUUUUGUCCAUCAGUGAUCGACAUUUUGGUGAUGAAAGCUUGAAGUGGUUAAUCUAAGGUUUCAAACUGAUUAAAGGGUGAAGUGUUUUGCGCAAAAAUUUCGAAGAAGAGGUUCCAUGAAACAGUUUUUCUGAGAAGACGACAGGUGGAUUAGCAUACCCGGUGAUAGUCGUAUUUUUACAACAGAAUUGCUACAAUCAUCUCUUAAGUCAAAUAUGUCGAUCUAACAGAUCUGGGAAAGUUUAGGCCCUUAGAGAACUAAAAUCGAGAAAAAUGAGUGGAAUACAGAACGAAGCUUUCGACUACGACGCGAAUGGCUCCAGCGAACAGAUAUUACAUCGUAAAGGUAGCACGACGCCCAUCGACGCACAGCAAGGAGAAAAUGCCCUGACGUCACAAUACUCACCCCCAAGUCAACCGGAGAGGGCAACCCUAUCCGAUAAACUGAAAAAGGCUGUUGAAAGGCACAGAGGCGCCAUCAGGCUUGGCUGGAUAGCAGCACUCAACGCCCUGGUCAUCGUAUUUUUUGGGUUUGCCACCAAUGAAUACGUGAGCAAUGACAUAUCCUGCAUUGAAGGAUGUGGCAUGCAAUGGUGCACCGGAUACGGCUUUCUGGUACUGCUGUUAGGAUUCAUCUACUUGGGUCUAGUCUACUACCAGGUGCUGAAACCUACUCUAAGGAAAGCUUACGUAAACAACAUCGGCAGACCCAUAACAAAGUUCCUGGGUAACGUGUUCAGUAGUUUAUACGUUAAGCUGGGAGCCGCAGGUAUUGUGGUGGUUGGGUUUGCGAUCUUCUGUUACUUUGAAACGCGAGAUGAGCCGGAGCGACUUAUGGCUCUGGCCGGUAUGGCAACCCUGUUUGGGUUGGCUUUUCUCUGCUCCAAGCAUCCCACGAAGAUCAACUUCCGUCCGGUUAUAUUCGGCGUCAUAUUCCAAUUUCUGCUGGGAUUGUUCUGCAUCCGCUGGGAAGUGGGUCGAAGCAUAUUUAGCUGCUUCGGCGAUAAGGUGGCCACCUUCCUAAACUACUCCAAUGCCGGGGCCGGUUUCGUUUAUGGCGAUUUCCUGGUUAACAAGGAAGGAAUCUUUGCCUUUGCCGUCCUAUCUGUGAUAUAUUUCUUCAGCUUUUUCAUCUCUAUCCUGUACUAUUUGGGGGCGAUGCAGUGGGUAGUGUUGAAGCUGGGUUGGAUAUUGCAAUCCAUUUUGGGGUCUACCGUUUGCGAGAGUGUCAUCGCUGCGGCCAACAUCUUUUUGGGGAUGAGUGAGUCCCCGUUGCUGAUUCGACCGUACCUGAAGGAUUUGACGCAUUCGGAAAUCCAUGCCAUCAUGGCUUCCGGUUUUGCCACCGUAUCCGGAACGGUGUUGGCUGCUUAUAUUUCCUUCGGAGCAGAACCGGCUCAUUUGAUCACGGCCAGUGUCAUGGCUGCACCGGCAACGCUUUGCUUCGCCAAACUGAUCUAUCCGGAGACGGAAAAAAGCAAAACCAGUUCCGAUAACAUUCAGAUGGAGAAAUCGGAAGACUCAUCCAUACUGGAUGCUGCAGCGAAUGGUGCUAAUACGGCCACCGCACUGAUCCUCGGCAUCAUCGCCAAUCUCAUCGCCUUCGUGUCGUUUAUUGCCUUCAUCAACGGAGUAUUAGGCUGGGCUGGGGAACUAGUAGGUCUUGAGGACGUCUCGUUGGAGAACAUCUUUGGAACUAUAUUCCGACCAUUGGCCUUCGUGAUGGGAGUCCCUUGGGAUGAGAGCUAUUACGUUGGCAAACUGAUCGGUAUCAAAUCGAUCGUCAAUGAGUUUGUGGCUUACCAGAGGAUGGGCGAGUUCAUCCAAGCCGGAGCCAUUACGAAGCGGUCGACGGCCAUUGCGACCUAUGCCAUUUGCGGUUUCGCCAACCCCAGUUCCCUGGGAAUCUCGAUUGGAGCCCUCAGCGCAAUGGUUCCCAGCAAAAGGAACAUGAUCACAGCGGUAGCGCUGCGAGCUGUCAUCACCGGAUCAAUCGUGUGCUUCAUGACCGCCUGCAUAGGAGGACUGCUGAUGGAUGUCAACUCUUUCAACAGUGUAACAACCGCCCCCCAGGGAGCUGUGCUCCUCAACUCGACUGGUAGUUUUUAGUGUGUUACAGUUAGUUUUUAGGUUAAGAAAAUGAUAGGAUAACUAAGCCAGUGGAAAAAUAAAA